CUCUCACGGAUCAGCUGAAAUCUAGAAAGCGUGAAGAUGUACACCGGCACUCUAUCUGAAUCAGUGCAGCCCUCGGCGCAAAGCAUAAUAGACAGAGCCCAAUUGCGUGACCGUAUACCGUAUACGGCCGGUCCGGUCCCGUACCCGUACCGUCGCUCCCUCCUACCCUCCAUCAUACGGUACGGGUACGCUACGGAUGCGACCGUCGCGCCCCGUACCCGUAAUUCACGUACCCGUAAUACGGACGGUGCGCAUCCCUA